UCGCCCUCUCCGCACCUCACCCUUUUAGUUUGUUUUUAAAAACCAGAGCGGCUUUACACCGGGACGCACUUCUCUCCUGCGUGACUGUAAAAACACGGACGUCUUCAGGCCGCGGGGAGCAAGUCGUGAAGUAGGUGAGAACUUCUUUAUUUCGGAUGCGUUUCACCGCUUUGAAGCCCACGCGAGGGGUGACAGUAGUUGCCUCGCGCUUCAGGCAAAACUUCGUUUAGAAAAGACGCAAGGGAAAACUUUCCUUUCUGACUGAAAAACGCUCGAGCGCUCAAAGCUGGAAUUAAGUCAUUAUUUAAGUAUGUAGUCGAUCUUUAAUUCGGCACAAAUUGUUUCUUUUUUUCAAAAUAAAAUCCAACGUUGACAACCAGUUACUUCGCGUGUUGUGUUGCUGUAGACAACAGAGACACUACUUCUCACUCAACUCCUUUGCCCCACAUGUCUGAUUUUACAGUAUUGCCCAGCUGACAUCGCGACUGACGCACAAUCAACACAACCGGCCCCAUCUGUCAGGGCUCUACUUCCCGUCUUUAUCACAGUUGUUACUGUCUUCUUUUAAAAACACGCUGUUUCUUUGACUGAUUCAGUGACAAUUGGCAACCCAGAACUUGAGCAGGCAUCACCAGACACGUCGGGCUGAGCAAGUAGGAUGGCUGCAGACUACCUUUUAAGGACACUUUUUUGACUCUUUUUUUGGGGGGGAAACAAGGGACAUCUUUUCUCAUUCAAAUCCCAGCCAGUUGUCAUCCAAACGAUGGACCCAAUAAACUAUACUCGGUGCCACAUCCAGCACCACGUCGAAACCAGCAAGCCGUGGAUCAGCGCCAUCAUGUUCGCCCUGGGCCUCUUCGGCAACGUGGCCGCCCUGGUGAUCCUGGAAGUCCGGCGACGCAGAGCCAUGAGGACUGCGAACAUGUGGCGGCGCUCGCUGUUCCACGUCCUCAUCACGGCGCUGGUGGUCACCGACCUGGCGGGCACCUGCCUGAUCAGUCCGCUGGUGCAGUUGUCCUACUCGCUCAACCGCACCUUGGUGGGGAUGACCCACCCUUCUCACAGCGUGUGCUCGUACUUCGGCAUCAGCAUGACCUUCUUCAGCCUGGCCACCAUGACGCUGCUCUUCUCUAUGGCGCUCGAGAGGUGCUUCGCCAUUGGGUACCCCUACCUGUACAGCCGGCACGUCACCAAGAAAUGCGCCUACAUCUCCAUCCCCGUGGUGUUUCUGCUGUGCAUGCUGUUCUGUCUCCUCCCCUUCGCCGGGUUCGGCAAAUACGUGCAAUACUGCCCCGGGACAUGGUGCUUCAUCGACAUGAACCCCAUUGGGAAGGAGGACCGGGUCUACGCCAACCUGUACGCCACCCUCAUGCUGGUGCUGGUGCUGGCCAUCGUGGCGUGCAACGGGUUCGUGGUGUACCAGCUGUACAGGAUGUACCGGCGGCGGCGGCGGAACGGCGGCUCGGUGAUGGCGGCCGUAAAGCCCGGCGAGCGCAGGGCGACGUCCAUGGCCGAGGAGGUGGAGCAUCUCAUCCUGCUGGUCUUCAUGACCAUCAUCUUCUUCAUCUGCACAAUGCCCCUGGUGAUCCGGGUUUACAUCAACUCCUUGAGGCCUACCAAUGAGUCUCACGGAGAGGACCUGAAGGCUCUGCGCUUCAUUUCCAUCAACUCCAUCAUCGACCCCUGGGUCUUCAUCCUCCUCUCCCCCAGCGUGCUGCACUUCUUUUGGGCCUCGGUUUGCCGGGCGCCCCUGGAAACCUUCAGGGGCUCCAUCCUAAGAUCAUCCAUUGCCAAAGAGAAUUGCCACACCAACUUUGAACUGUCUCGCCCGACGCUGGAGUACACCGAGCAUUUUCAUUCUGUGGAAACUCUAUGACCACAACAGCGCUUUAUUAUUUCAUGCCUGUAUUUAUUGGACACUAAUACUAUAUUGUGUUAAACGGUUGAAGCAGCUUGUGCAAGGACAUUUUAAAGUAGCCUACAAAGCAGGCAAUUUAUUCAACAGAGAUAUUAUGAAUAAUUACACAUGACUUUCUCUUGAUCUUCAGAACAUUAUCUCAUCACCUCUGACCACUGGUCUGCUUUGGUAACCUCUUCCCCUCGCACGCCUUGCCAGAUCCCUGCUGCAAGGGUCAAAGGUCAAGAAGCCCGGAGAGACUUUUUGGAAUACAAGAAAGUCAGAGCUUCACUCAGGGAGUGAUAAACACAGAAGAGGUUCUGUUGAGGAUGUACAUUUCAUUUAAACAUCUACAGUAUUAGACACACAUAUAAUAUUAUAUAUCAUAACAAUAUAUAGAGCAGAGAUUAAAUGUUUUGUCAUUUUAACCCUCCAGUUCCGCCUCAGGUUAACGCCGUUAGCUCCGUCAGCACUUUUGUCAUAGUUUGCACUGUUAGCGCUGUUAGCUACGAGCCGCCAGCUCAGCCGAGAUGCUCCCGAUCUUCUACCUUUAAAAGGACGUUUUCUGUCCUCAAUGAAUACAUGAUGGAGCUGAAAUUAGAG